AAUGAUUAUUCAUUCUCUUUUCUUAACAAUAAAUUCAUUCAGAUAUUUACUAAUGUGCAACAAACUUGUAUUUCUAUUGCAAUUUUUCUGUAAUAUUAUUUUUAAAAUCUUUUCUUCAGAAUUAUUGCCUUUGUGUUAUUACCUUUCCUUGUAUUUUUUCAGAGUUAAAAAUGGGUGGUAGGGGGAAGGGUAAAUCCCCUGCUGUGCUCGGGGAUUUUAUUGCCCUCGGAAGUAAACCUGGAGGGAGCGGAAGUAAACCUCCUUCAGUCAGUAAUCUCACUCAGUUGAAUUCUCUAAGCAACCUACUGAGUAAGAAGGCUAAACCUAGCAGUGUCAGUAGUUUGACUGGAAGCAGUAAAAAACUAGUGGUAGGAGACAGAACGAAUGCCUGGGAGAGUAUAGCGGAGGAAGUAAAUACUGCUGAUCUAGUUAAUCUAGUAGAGGAGGCCAUAGACACGGAUGACAUGGAAAGAGUUGACGCCCUACUGUGUGGUGCGGUCAAAUCCCUCAGGAAAGAGAGAGCUAAACCAGAUCAGCUGCUCUGGUUAAGUUUAAUGUAUUUAGUCAAGACUGACAAUUCAAUGUUUACAAACUCAGAUUAUGCUAAAGAUGCGCUUUGCUCACUUCUCAAACGGGAUGUAAAGGAAAGUUACAAGAGCAAAGGAAACUCGUUAGUACCAGUGUUUGCUGCCAGUAUUCUAGCCGCAGCGUUCCAGAAUGAACGUGAGUGGCCUGAAGUGUUUGUACGCGUUUAUAUGGAUGAUGCCAUAGGAGAGAGAGUCUGGGUUGAUCAUCCUGAAUGCAAACCAUUUGUUGACAAUAUUUUAACAGCCUUUAACACUGUGCUGCCUGCCCAAGUGAAGGGUGGGGAUGGAGGAGGUCUGGGGGUAGGUGGGGAGGGAGUAGGUGUGUCCCCACCCACUGGGAGUAGUGGGAGUAGGACUCCCACCAGACCUGAUGAUGAAAUACAAAUAAUUGAUCUUCCGAUCAACAAAGAUCCCAUCCAGGAGACAAACAUAUCUGUCGUACAAAGGUAUGGUCAGCAGCAGGAGUAUAUUGAUAAGAUGGUUCUAACAGCUGUUAGAGAACAAUUGAACAGACGACAAGGAACAGAUUCAAUCACAAGGAACUUUCUCAGUGGGGACCUGUUGUUGUCUGUGGCCUUGAACUGCUGCACCCACUCCCAGCUAGACGUUGAGAUCAUGAGCGCCCUCAGUAAGAUGCGACUAAAAACUAAACCAAACAUUAAUCUUUUCCUCACCAGUCUCCGAGAUCUAUGUACUGUACACCCAGAGAACCUGGCAACUAUGAUGAAACAAACCAUCUUCAAUGAGUUAUCAAAUGCUAGGAACACCAACAACAUGGCAAUGCUGGCAGUUAUGUUUCAGACUGACCCAGAGAAAGCAGCGGGUAGUCUAGCUGCAGUAUUUCUUGAACUGCUCCUCCAGAAGGAUUGCUAUCUCAGAGCUCUCAGGCUCCUUCUCAGAGAGAUUGUUAGAUGCCUGAGAUAUGACCUGAACCUGCCAGUAUUCUGCCUCAACCUCAUGAUGGAUAGAUUGAAGGACAAGUUCGAGAACUUCAAGGAGUUUGAGUUUAAGGAGCGUAUCUUGUGUAGUUUGGUGGAUCUUAUCACCCUCUCAAUCUUCAUAGGCGUUAGUCCAGCUGUCAGAGAGGGGUUCAAUGCAUACUCCAGGGGAGAUAAGAAAGAUAUAUCUGCGUACAAGCAGUACCUUGUAAACAUGAGUACAAUACAGAAGAAUGUCUGCUGGUGGAUGUACGAGGUUGUCCCAAAACAGUACAAACCUGACCCACAGGUGUACACAAACCUACUGUACAAGCUCUUGUUCAUGGCACAGAAUCAUGAAGAGUACUACAGGUUGGAUAACUGGCCAACUGAAGCUGAUCGAGGGAUGUUCUUCAAGAUUACUUGUGAGAUUCCAGUUCAUGAAGAUACAAUACUGAGAAUAUUCCUGAUUGGUCUGCACAAGAACCUCCCCCUGAAUGGACAGGAUUGUUUAACUAUUGCUGAAACUAUGAUAAAAAGAGCAGCAGGACUACAUGCUCUAGUCUCUAAAGAAUUUCCUAUUCUACACUGUGAGAAGGCUAAACAGUUUAUGGAGUGUGUAUGGGAGUUGACCGCGUAUACGUAUCCUGAAACUAUAUCUCUACCUGCCGAAUACCAAGCUCCCAGCAUGGCCAUAACAGCAUCUUAUUGGAAGGCCUGGCAAUUGCUGUUGAUAAUGUCUGCGCACAAUACUGUUCAGUUUGGGGCGCUCGGAUGGGACAGUUAUCCUACAUUGCGCGCACUUAUGGAGAUGUGCAUCACUUCCCAGUUUGUGUUCCCUCCUCCUACCCUGGUCCUGGGAGCUCCUGAACGUGUUGAUGAAGUGAGGAACCAGGAACUCCAGCUAGCACAGCUUGAGAACCAACAGAUUUUAGAGUUUGAAUCUCGGCUAGCCGCAGCGUCAAGUAAACAGGUUAUUACGGAGCAGAGCAGUCUUCUACUAUCAACAAUUACAAGGAUGGAUCCUCUUGGACCCCUACGACGUCCUCCUGCUGGAGUCCUUGAACAGCUGAAGCAGAUGAAUAGUCAUUACAAGCUGGGUCAUCUCCUCUGUAGAAGUAGACAACCGGACUUCCUACUCGAUAUUCUUCAGAGACAGGGAACCCAUCAAGCGAUGCCGUGGUUAGCCGACCUAGUGGAAUCUAACGAAGGAAGUCUUUCCGUUCUGCCUGUUCAGUGUCUGUGUGAGUUCCUUCUGAACGAUUCCUUAAAGGAUCCGAGUAGCCAGGAGCAGGACUCCACAGGGAAGUCCGGUAAGGAAGUGAAGGACCAGGAGACUGGUAGAAGAUCAGGACGAAAAGCAGAAGAGUUGCUACGUCACCUUCAGACUGUUCUACAGAACCCAGAUACAGAUCCUACCAGCUGUCUUGAGACUUUAGACUACUUUCUCAGGAGACUAUCUAGUCUUCAGUCUCAAUCCAGACUACAAGCUCUUCAAGGAUUACGCCUGCUAGUGACCCCUGUAAUUACUGAGGAUGAUAUGGAGGUGGAUAAUGUUGAACCCGAAGAGGAGAGCUCUGCCUGGCUCCUUCAGCAUAUACCAGCCCUACCCUGCUUCAGGUUGGCGUAUCCGUCGAUAGCAUCAGCGCUUCGUGAAGCCUGUGAGGUUGAGAGUGACCCGCUGACGGUCAGUUUAUACAUCAGGUUCCUCUCCCAAACUUGUCCGGUCAACAGUCUACCUGACCUCGCAGAUCUUGCUCUAGAUAUGGCGAGUGUGAUAGUAGAACGAUCAAGUGUUCUACCCGCUCUAUUACCUGGAUCUUCUCAUACUACAAUAGGUCGUGAUGUGGAACAGUCAACAUUUCAAGCACUUCUCCACGUGUUCAAUAGGGAGGGACUGUCUUUUGGUAUUCCUGUUGAAUCCAUGUCUAAGCUACUCCAGACCUUGGACCAGGCAGUCCAGGCAGACCUGGACUCAGUAGCCGAGUCCGUGCUAGACAAGAACUAUAUGGGUCAACUUGUAGCUGUUCAGCAUAAGCGUGGGGCCAGUGGGGGACUAGUAUUUGCUAAGGCUCUGGGUCUCUCCUUAGAUUUAGGAAACUCUGGAUUAAGCCGUGGUCCAAUGCCUGCCCCACUGCCAACCCUAACUAUCCCUCCUAGAUCUACAACAUCUAUUCCUCCAAGUCAGGUGUAUACAACUCUUCUGCAUUUAAUGGAUUGUGGAACCUCGGGUCGGCUCUCUUCAUCAGAGAAACAAGAUACAUUCAGAACUUUACAGAAGUAUCUAUCCCAGGAGAUAUCCUGUGGUAGUGAGAUAACUCCUUAUGUUUCUGCCACACUGACAGGACUUGAGUCAAUUCUCAGUUCGGAUUUAAAAUCUAGUUUCGUCACUUCACUUAGCAAGAAGGGCUCUGUCUCCUGCCCUUUGUUCCGGCUGCUGAACCAGGCACAUUGCCGCAAACCAGAUUCUAGCGCAGCACGUUCUCUCCUGUCGUCUUUUCAAACCAUUUUGGAUAAAUUGCAGGCUCUGAAGUUGAAGACUCCACUGAUCAGUUUAUUGUCUGGAUACAUCAAGCAGUUGAACCAAACUCCAGCCUCUACCCUUCCCGUCUCGACCUCGCUCUCCCUCAAGUCUGGAAACCUAGAGGCUGAAAUUAAAAAGCUUGCCUUGGAUGCCCUCAGAAAGGAGAAUACAGGAGAUUUGGUCAAAUCGCUUUCAGGUUUACUACUGGAGGAUGAAGCAAGGGGAGAAGGACAGGUCCCUGGAAUACUCCAGGAUUGGUUGGAUCUUCUGGAUCCAACAGUUUUAUCCUCUCUUCCAACACUCCAAACCCAGCUGGUGUUUGCGAAGGAGGGGGAGGGGAGGAGGGAGGGGAAGAGAACCAAAUCAAGUCGUCCGUACCUUCUGAGCUUGUUAACACAUCAGGCAAGCUGGUCUGUGCUACGGAGUACAGUAGAUAUGGUUCUUCAGCAGUACAGACCUGAUCUAGAUCAAUCAGCUGUUCUUGAUUUCCUCACUGCUUGUAUUCAUAUUCCUAGGCUCUGGCAGGGAAGAGAUCAGAAUCCCUCCAAACAUCAAACUCCUCCGAACCCAUUGGAUCUUGAUACUCCAGCACUUCAGGUGGUUGGUGAGUACAUUGUAGUUGAGGGGGUGGAGGGAGGUGAAGACAAAAUAAAGAAGAGAAUUCCUUUGAUUCUCAGGUGUCUGGGUAAACAGGGACAGAGAGAAAUAGGAUUUAUCAAUCAUAUUAUUCAUCUGGCAACAGACCAGGACAAGGACAAGAUGGGAGAAAUGGACACGGAUAAGAGAGGAGAAAAGGACAAGAAGAAUGUAGAUGAGAGGACUAGAAGAAUGGCGAAUUAUUUGCUUCUCCAGGUACUAAUAUUCAAAUAGUAAUUAUAAAAAAAA